AUGCCAACCACCACAACGACAACGACAACUAAAAAGCCAACCACCACAACAACAACAACAACUAAAAAGCCAACCACUACAACAACAACCACAACAACCACUACUGCACCUCCCCCAACAACCACAACCACUACACCUCCUCCAACAACCACAACCACUACACCUCCUCCAACAACCACAACCACUACACCUCCUCCAACAACCACAACAACCACGACACCUCGCUCAACAACAACAACGACCGAGAAGACAACGACCAAGAAGACAACCACUACACCUCGCUCAACAAUAACAACGACCAGGAAGACAACCACAAAGAAACCCAAGACAACCAAGCCACCCAAGACAACCAAACCACCCAAGACAACCAGACCACCUAAGACAACCACAAAGAAACCCAAGACAACCAAACCACCCAAGACAACCAGGCCACCCAAAACAACAACCACCGAGGCACCGAGAACAACCACCCAGAAGCCCGGAUGUGGUUGCAAGCCAUGUGGUCCAGGUGGUCAACCGUGCGCCGGAUGCCCAGGUCGGGAGAAUCUGUGCCAGGACUUGAUCGGCCUCCUGAAGAGUCUGGAGAAGAAAGUCAAGCAGUGUGUCUGCGGAGAACCUCAGUGGAUGUUGUAG